AUGUUAUAUCUAUGUCCCAAACAAUUGGGAGGUGGUGUUGGAAGAAGGUUAUGUAUGCCUAUUUACAGUGGGAGUAGUGAUAGCGUUUUUAAAUAUAAAAAUUUUGUUUUAAAAAAAAUAAAACAUAAAUAUGAAAACGUUUUAUUAUUUGGUGAUAUAAAUAAAUUAAGAAUUACAGCAGAAGAACUUAUAAAAAAUAUGAUAGGUAAUGAGGAUUUUGACAAUGAUUAUAAUAAUUACAAAUUUAGAAAAUAUAUAUAUAACAAAUCUGAAAAAAUUAAAAAAGUUAAAAAUGAUGAUACAGAAAACGACAAUGGUUCAAAAACUAAAAAUUCUAUAACAAAAAAAUUAUCUUUCUGGCAAAUUUACAGUAUAAGAGUUAAAAAAAAUAUUCAUUUAUUAAAUUUUUCUGAUUUUGCUUUAAUUCUUCAAUCUUUUCAUUUAUAUAAUAAAGACACUGGAAUUUAUGUAUCAAGUAUAAGAUAUAUUGAGGAUAAUAUUUCUACAAUGAAUGGUAUUUCAUUUGUGAUAAUUUUGAAUAUUUUAAGUAAGAGAUUAAAAAAAAAUAGCUACAAUGAAUUUUUUAAAAAAAUGAUGAAUUAUUUGCCUAACAUAUUAUAUGAAUUAAAUUUAAAAGAUAUGAAUAAUAUUUUAAACUGUUUUUAUAAUUUAGAAUUAAAUGAUAAAAAAGUUUGUGAAAUUUUUUAUCUCAAAAUAUUAUCAAAUGUAAAUAGCAUAGAUGCCUUUACAUUAUCAUCCUUAUGCUAUAUUUUUUAUAAAUAUAAUUUUGAAAAAUUUUUUUUUUUUGAAUGCUUAAAAAGAAAGGGAUUAGAUUUAUUAAAUGAUUUUAAUGCUGAUCAGUUUUAUAAAUUUAUUUUUUCAUUAUACAAAAAAAACAUUUGUUUAAAAGAAAUUAUUGAGAAAAAAAAAAAUAUUUCAGCAUUUUUACCUAGUUACAAUGAUGAAGAAAAAUUAUUUAUUUGUGAAAUCUUUAAUAUUAAAUGA